GUAGGUUGUGGCAAGAGGAUUUAAAGAUCCUUCGUUUCUUGUUAUCCACUGUUAAGUGUGAGCCUGGAUAUGGUUUUAUGCUGCACCUUUCCCAGGCUGCUCUUGGGGAAUCGAAGAAGAGUGAUAAUGCCUUGAUGAAUGUCAAAAUUUAUGAUCAGAAACUUGCCAUUGGAACCCUCUCUGUUGACAAGAACCCACACAUACAAUUUGAUCUGGUUUUCGAUAAAGAGUUUAAGCUGUCGCACACAUCAAAAACUACGAGCGUCUUCUUCACUGGCUACAAGGUUGAGCAGCCAUUCGAGGAAGAUGGAAUGGAUCUUGAUUCUGAAGAUGAAGACGAGGAGCUGAAUGUUCCAGUAGUCAAGGAAAAUGGCAAAUCUGAUGGGGAGAAACAGAAAAGUCAAGAAAAGGCAGUUCCUUGAAUUUUUCAAAAAGAAAGGUCAUUCUUGGUUUCCUACCUAUUAUAGUUUCUUGGUUGUUCUAUGAGAACAUAGUUGAAGUAGAAUUGGUUGUUGACAGCUAUGAAGUUACUCUGAUGUCAUGUCAGAAUUUCUUCAACCACUAUUUUUACCUAGGGACAAUCUUGUAUAUCCUGUGAAGCCAUCUCACAUCUUAUUG